UUCACACUAGCCCACCUUCCCUCCUUAAAUGACUUCAACAAUAACAAAACAUUAAUUUUGCCCUAUAUAAAGCACAUAAAGAGUUCUACUCCCUUACAUACAAAGUAGUAUCGUAUAUAGUAGCUAGCUAUAGAAGAUAUGGAGAGCCAAAUGAGUAGUGGGAAUAAGGUUAAUGGCGUAAUGGUGGAGGGUGGUGGUGCAAGAUCUUCAUCAUCGUCAGUGAGGGCUGGUGAUUUGGUUUUGAGGGUUUUGGCUUUGGUUCUUACUCUAACGGCUGCUAUACUUAUGGGUGUUGACAAGCAAACCAAGGUUGUUCCGGUGGUGGUGUCACCGAAUCUGCCACCUCUGAAUGUUCCGGUCACUGCUAAGUCGCAUUACCUGUCUGCUUUUGUGUAAGUGAUCUUCUUUGAUCUACAGUACUUCUCUUCUUCUUAUUCUUCUUUUACCACUAUAUAUAUGCUUUAUUUGGCUGGAGAGUUUCAGGAGGAUUUGGUAUAAAAAUGUUGGGAUGGGUUGAUGAGAAUCCCACAUCGGAAGAUGGUGGGUUUUGGGGUCUAGUUUAUAAGGGAGGACAAACCUACCUGAGUUUUCAAUAGAGAGUUAUGUCCAAACUUGUGAUACUAGACUUGAAUUCCCAUCUCGUUUGACGGAUAUUCAUCAUGGGUUUAGGACACUAGAUAAGGAUGAAUUUUUUUUUUUUUUUUUAAGAAUGUGAAUUUUUAUUUAUUUAUAUAUAAAAAAGAAAAUUGAUAAUGAGUGUUCUUAACACACCAGAUAACGAUGAAAAAGAUCUAUUGGAAAAAAGAUAUAUAUUUUAAUUUUAAAAAAAUUAGAUGAGAGAGUAUUCAUCAUCAUACAUGAAAUACUGUGAUAUGCUAUAGUAAAUUUUAAUAAAUGUCUUUAGAGCAUCCGUUAUCAAUACUCAUAAAAAAUAUAGUAUAGGUUUUAAUUAAGUUCUCCAAAUCUCUAUGCAUCUCUUAUUCUUCUGUUCUUUAUGUAAGAAAAAUAUGUAUAGGAUCUAUUGCAUUUGCAUAUUUACAUUUCAAUGAACGGUUGACUUUGGGUGUCCUCCCACAUUUAUUAGUGCAAAGCGUGAGUUGAUAGUGCUUUCUGCAUUUAUACUUGCAACUGCAAACCACUAUGAAAGAAAAGCUCAGUAAUAUCUAAUAUCCUUCCCAAUUUCAACGGUAGAUAUAUGUUCCCUAAUUAACUGACAGGUUGUGUGGAGUGUGAUCAUAGCUCAGAUUGACUAUUAUAUACUUUGAAAUAUCUGUAAAUUUAUUGUAGCUUCUUUCUGGACUAUAAUGAAACCGGCGGCGACUCUCCUGGAUUUAGCCUAUAUUGAGUAAACCACAUUGAAAUCUUGUGUUUAUCUUUGUUUUUGUUCUUUAAUUUUCUGCUAUUCUCUGCAAUUGUGAAUGAUGAUAACAUGAGGACACCAGAUUGAUAUAUAUUUAUAUAUACAUAUAUGGACUUCUUACAUACGCAUCAACUAUGUGCACCAAUUUUACGCAAUUGCUAUUGAAUUUCAAGUGCGAAAAGUUUGUGCGCAAUGCUUCUAUAUAUAUAUGGGAAGAAUUAGGUGCGGGAUCCCACACUUCAUUUAAGGUGUGAGAUCCAUCUACUACCAUUUACGCGUGGGCCCUAUCACAUGUGAGGGGCCGCACUUACAUCAAAUGAAUGGUAUUAAAUAAAUCCCGCACUUUGAAUAAAGUGGGAGAUCUCACACCUGAGAAUUUUCAUA